UUACCUGGGGGGACGGCUGAAGAUUAUGAAAUGCACAUUGUGGAGUCAAUUGACCGUGUUGCUGAAGUGUAUUGUGCUUUCUAUACUACUGACUUUGACUCUUAACUGUUCAAAAAUAAUCUCCCACAUUCGCAACACCAUGACUGACCGUGCAGCCGUUAAUCAUGCCACCAUAGUUCGUCUCGAGAAUACGUGGGGGAUUCAUUUGAAUGAACUCAAAUGUCACCUCCAUCCACUGGAUACAAUAGCUAGUUCCAGUAGAUCUGCGCUUAAAGAAGCCGAACCCAGGGUUCUUAUCAAGAAACUGUUUGGAACGGAGUGCAUGGCCGGCCAACUUGUAUUGUCCAUUAACAAGUUCCGAUUCAAGGAUGGACGAGGUGAUCCCAAGGGAUUCACCACUGCUCUCUUAGAUGCUGGUCUCCCGAAAGGAUUGAUUCCAAGAUAUUGGGGCACCAGGUUGCACAUUCUGUUUCUUACUUGUGGAAAGUUGGUGGAGCAUGAGACCUUUUUCCAGACAUUUUUUAAAGAAGGAACUGUUUCAUGUGGUGGCUUACACGCAAGCAUAUUGCAUGAUUUCCUGUCUCCAGUAGCCAAAGUUGAGAUCCAAAUACUUGGCCUCAUAGGCAAGAUUCUUUCCGGGCCAUGGAUGAGAAGGUUUUAUACGUCUACAACAACGCAGAUCAGUCAUGUAGAUGGGAUUAGUGUCGUGAAACAAGUCCUCGCCAGAGUUAAAGCAUGUUGCUCAAGCCCCCAGGAAACUCUCACAAUGAAGACUGACUUCUUUGAAGACGAGUUGACCCCAGAUAAUCGGCUGAUGAAAUUGCAGCAGAAAACGAUUGAUGAAGAACUUUUCAUGUCAAUGAUGAAGAACUGCCUGACUGCCAUUGUCACUGUUCUGGAGAAACAGUACAGACGGUACUUCGAUCUGGAUGUUACUAAUGAACUACGAAAGGAGACGGAAUCGGCGAGAUGUCACAACAUUGAUGCGGAGCAGGUAAUGGGCAUGUUUAGUGCUGCAAAGGCCAAUGCCCCAAAUGCCACACUGUGUUAUAUUUCUUUGUGCCUCCGUGCCCAGAACAGAGUAGUUGACUACCUAGACAGUCUUGAACCUGCAAAGAGAGAGAAACUGAUGAAGUUGGUUAUUACCUUGGGACGGAAAGUACGUCAAAGGAAAAGGAAGAAAUGUAUUGAAAUUCGUCAAGAAAUUUCCAGAAGGGUGGCUGCUAAGAAGCAGCAACAAGUGACGUAUCAGAGAAACAAGCUCGAAGCAAGGUUAAAACAAACUGGCGUUGAUCUUGCCACUGAAUUUCCUGAUAUAGAGGUGAACACUAGACAACAAGUUCAAGACAUCUUGGAUGGGAAGAUUGUUGGCCAUAGGAUCUGUCAUAUUUGGUAUGAUCAAGAAUCAAGAGAAGAUAGUAUAUUUUGGCAAAAUAGAAAAGGUGUUGAAGGGAGGUGGAGGGGUGUAUGUUGUUGGAUACUGGGGUGAGAGUGAAACCUACGAGGACAAUGCUGUUGACUAUGAUAUGAAGAAAUGUGCUUUGGCAGCUGAUCUGAUGUGUGGUGAUUUAACUUUAUCUUAGACUGUGGGACACUGACUGACAUGAUUGAUAGAGAGACUUGAGGAAUUCAUCUGUGUGAAUUGCAGUGUUAAACA